AUGGCGUCUGCUACCGGCAAUUGGCUUUCUGGCUGCUGCCCGCCAGCGCGUCACAUUACUAGGCUGCUUGGGCUUCUCCUAGUCACGAGCAGCUACAACGGCAUUGUCGAUGGGUAUCAAUUGGCACAAAAUAAAGAUGCCCGCUUCUUGGGUGCCGGUGCGGCGGGCGCGCAAGAUCCAGCAGCAGCUCCUCAGGUCAAGCAAAACCUCGUAGCACAGAUCGGCCAGCUGGCAUUCGACUUGGAAAUGGCAGCAGAGACCAGCACGUCUUCGGCCGUGGCCGCCACGGCCACGCCUCUGCUCGAGACCUUUCAGGUGGCCGAGCCGGUUCUGCUGCAGCCGGACAGCGGAACUGAGCUGUACACGGUCACCUUGAUGGAUCACCAGUUCGCCAACAGCUACGGUACCCCGUUUGUCGGCAACUAUACGCCCCCCGACUUUGACUUUGACCACGUCGUUAUCAACUUUACUGUAGAGGUCAAGGGGAGACAGUACGACCGCUGGGGCUCUGUGUACCUGGACAAUGUCGAAAUCUUUUCAACAUCGACCGCCGAGCCCACAUCGUAUGGUAUCAGCUGGACAUGGCUCAAGGAUGUGACGCCGUACCUCUCACUUUGGAAAGAACCGCAGACCCUCAUCUUUGAGCUGGACAAUGUUGUAACCGAUGUUUACACUGGCCUGCUCAACUCGACGCUCACGGCGACCUUCUUCAAGAGCUCCGUCCAGAUAGGAGGCCAAGCCCCCGCUGAUCUGAUUCUACCCGUCUCUGCAGGUAAGAGUCCAGUGACGGCAAGCUUUUGGACCUUUCCGGAUGAGACCGCCGAGACCUCGCUGCUUUUCCCCCGCAACGUGAAUCGUGCCGUCUUCUCAGCCUCUGUCAAGGCGCAGGCAAGUGAUGAGUUUUGGUGGAGCAACGUGCCCGAGUCUGCCACCGAGACAUUCGAUCUGACUGCCGGCGAGUAUCCCGGUUACUCACCUUGGAGAGAGUUCCAAGUCCUCAUUGAUGGUCAACUGGCGGGUGUACACUGGCCUUACCCAGUCAUCUUCACCGGAGGAGUAGUGCCACAGCUUCACCGGCCUAUCGUGGGCAUUGAUGCAUUCGACCUACGCGACCACGAAAUAGACAUUAGUCCUUGGUUGCCUCUUCUCUGUGACGGUAACAAUCACACUUUUAGCUUGAAAUUGGUGGGGUUGGUAGAUGAUGGAACUUCAAGCGCCAGCUUGUCAAACACUGUCGAAAGCAGUUGGUACAUUGUAGGCAAGGUGUUCCUCUGGCUCGACGACGAAGAUUCAAUCACUACUGGCACUAUCGAAACAAGUACGAAUGAGGAUCCAACGAUUGAGUUUGUUCAGAUCAUCACACAAAACGUGACAGGAUAUAACCAGACUCUCGACUACAAACUCGUCGUCAACCGUGAUUUCUCCGUUACCUCACAGCUCAGCACGCAAAAGGGCAACGGCACGGCCACGUGGACGCAAAGCCUGUCAUACUCCAAUAUUGGUGGUAUUUACGAUUAUGGAUACGGUGGUAUCAACGCCUUUUCGACCACCGGACUUGAAACAGCAGUAGUCCCCGGCUGGGACUAUAAGACGAGCUUCGAGUAUCCGCUCUACUGCAACACCACUACGACGUAUUUGCCCGAGGGUAACCUGACCUUGUGGGCGGAGCUGAAUCAGGGGCUGAAACUCGAGGUCCAAGGCAACACUGUUUAUGCCACGGGGCUCGAGGCUUUUGAGGCUGAUGGUAAGACUUGGGCUGCCAGUGUAAUAAACACGGAAAGAAACGGUACAGCAAACUACUCGCGUUAUGCCGAUAAUACCGUCACGACUGGUAUCGGACAGACGCACCAGAUCUUCUACCUGUAUGGGCUGGCUGGUGAUGGGGACUAUUCGUCCACGGGUGAUGAGCUUUACUACAGAGAUGUGUCGGCUUAUAAUAACAGUGUGACCGCUGACUACGAAGUCGUGGCAGGUCAGGUUGUCCGUGACGAAAGCAGUACAUAA